UCUGGGCCCAUGAGAUACUUCUCCUGCCACGCAAAUGUGGAUGGCCAUAACCCCGCCAAGAAAAGUUGACAGAUCUGCUCUCUCUCUCUCUCUCUCUAGGAUAUAGUAGGAGCGAGGAGAGAGAGCCAAGAGGAGAAGCAGGCAGGAUGAUGCUUCGGCUGAAGACGUGCAAUUUGAUUUAUGGUGGCGGAUGUAAAACAGAGGGGAGCAUCUGCAGGAGCUCUGCUCCCGUUUGUUUUCUGAGAGCACCCAAAAACUUCGGUUCUAGACGUUGGGUUUUGCUCGUGAGCAAGGCAUUGAAAGAUGAAAGGAACGGAGGCGCCAAUGGUGGCUUUGUUGGAAAGAAUUGGGAUCCUGGCUUGGAAAUUGAAGUUCCAUAUGAACAGAGGCCGGUGAACGAAUACGCGUCUCUGAAAGAUGGGUUCUUGUACUCAUGGGCGCAGCUUAGCCCUGGACCAUUUUUCCUUCGGCUUGGUGGGCUUUGGUUGGUGGCCUUUGCUGUUCUUGGUGCACCAGUUUCUGCUGCUAGUUUUGAUCCUUCCCGGGAGACUCUAAAGUUUUUGCUAGCUGCUGGGACAGGACCACUUUUUCUGGUGUCAUUGGUUGUUCUGCGCAUAUAUCUGGGAUGGAGUUACGUUGGUGACAGGUUGCUGUCAGCAGUGAUCCCCUAUGAAGAGAGUGGCUGGUAUGAUGGACAAAUGUGGGUUAAGCCACCAGAGGUUUUAGCUCGUGAUAGAUUGUUGGGUUCUUAUAAGGUUAAACCAGUAAUAAAGUUGUUGAAGCAAACCUUGUUGGGCACCGGUGUGUUGCUUGUGAGUGCUGUGUCACUCUUCAUCUUUGCUGACCCAGUUCAGAAUUUCAUACGCCCCUCUCCUGCACUGAACGAGAAGAGCUUAAGCAUGUUAAGUCCAAGCACAAAAACCAGCAUGAGGAGAGAGGAGUUGCUAAACUUGCCAGUGGAGGUUAUAAAUGAUGACGACCUUGCAGCAGCAGCUGCUGAGGCUGCUGAUGGCAGGCCUGUCUACUGCAGAGACCGAUACUACCGAGCAUUAGCAGGUGGACAAUAUUGUAAAUGGGAUGAUCUUGUAAAAUAAGAUACCAUCUUGCAAGUGAGUAGAGAAGCACAUCAUCAGCAAAGAACGCCAUCGUGGCAUGCUUGCCAGGGAAGGUGAUGAAGGCAGAGCAGGGAUCAAGGGCAUGAGAUUGAAAGAACAUCUAUGCGAUUACAAUUUAGAAAUCGAAGUUUGAAGCUAGUUUUCCAAAUUAUAUCUGUAGAGAUGCUUUAUAUACGCGAUAUUAAGAACCUAAAAUUCGUGCUGUGAUGGUUUUCUUGAACAUGUCAUGUAUUUUAUAAAUUAUAACUUACACAUCCUAGAUCAUUCGAUUUUGGAUCCUUACAAAACCGAUUUAAGCAUAACAACCAUUUCCAGUUAUGAUUAA